UGUAUCACGUUUUUUAAAAACGGCGAAAUCCAGUGACUUUGUUCAUGAAGAAAAGUGAAAGAUCUUCCAGAAAGAAGAUAGAUUAUAAGAAGAUGGCGUCGGGGUUAAGCCCGGUUACCGAAGUGAAAGGGAAGGAGAAGAGUAAAAUCGCCGAAGUGACAGCUCCCGCUGGAGCCUCAAUAGCAGAUAAACUUUCUGAGCCGAAAGACACAUCUACACCGGUAAAACUCACACUUCCGGUGAAUCCAGGUGAUGAAAAAAGUUCACUUCUAAACAAGUUAGCAGAGUUGGAUAAGAAACAGAAGCAACUCCAAGAGAAGAAAGAACUAGAAACGUUACGGAAACAGGUCGAGGAACGAGAGGAGGCGGUGCGUGAAUUAGAGAAAUCCCUCACCGAACCGGUACGUAAAGGUAAAUCCAAAGAAUCAUCUUCAGAGGAAUCAGGCGGUGCCAAGCCGAAAAAACACAAAUCAAGAUUAGCAGCUAGUUUUCAGGAAGGACAAACACCAUCUACCUCAACAGAAUCAGGACAAUCAGGUGUGAUGGUUCAUAUUAUUUCGGAUUCAAUUGCCAAGGAUGUGGGUGGUAUUUGGCAUACUAAAGUGAUAGCCUUUCCUGGAAUUGGUAUUACUCGUCUAUCAGUAAGGAUUCAAAGUUCACCUUACUUAGUUUCUAAACCCGUCACAAUUAUACAUGUGGGUACAAAUGACAUAAACCCUAGAAAUCCCAACGAAGAAUAUUCUGUGGACGAUAUUAUUAGUUUUUAUAAUAAUAUGAUUACAUUGAUCAGAAAUGUUAACCCACAUACUCAUAUUGUUUUUUCAUCCAUUUUGCCACGUCCAUGUGAUUAUGAACAGACUAAGGAUAAGAUCAAGCAGGUUAAUCAGUUAUUAGAAGUUAAGUGCAAAGAAAGAUACUGCCAAUUUAUUCACUCAUUUAGACCAUUUUUCAAAUACGGCAAACCAGUACGUGCUCUUUUUGCUGUUAGAGAUAAAGGCCUCCAUCUUAACCUGGAAGGUACUCGUCAGUUACGCAAGUUUUUCAUUAACACAGUAUCUCACUUACUUAAAGGUAAACUUGCAAUGUAAUCCUUAAAACAUAUUAAGGGUAUCACCAACA